AUGAGUGUCUAUCGGAAUGAUAGUCAUGCACAACCCCAGUACCCCCAACUAGCAUCUCAACAACUUCAACAGAACAACACAACCAGCUUCGAUCACUACACAUCCAACUCCUGUGCUGAUCAAUCGAAUCAACACAAUCAACCACAACAACAUCUAUCUGCUAAUUCAUUAGUGUAUCAACUGAACCAAACAUGUUCUAAAUUCAACAACUACAACAACAACAAUAUAUAUCCACAACCAUUAAUGAAUUAUCCAUUUGGUACACGUUCUCAACAACAUCAACAUAUACCAACAUUACACAAUCAUCAGCAACAACAAGCAGUGACAACCAAUCAAACGAACAACGCAUCCAACAACUCCUUCAACCAACAUCAGGUACAACGUAAUACUAAUCAACAGAAAAUAAACCAACUCUUACCACUACCAAAUGCAACACCAAUGGAGAGUGAAAACGACGAUAAUUUUACUCUUGUAUCACGUAAAAAAAAGAAAGUAAAAACCGAUCAUUUACAACCUAAAUUACCUCCAUCAAUCUCAUCUUCAACAACUUCAACAACAUCAUCAGACUGUAUCAACACAGAUGCAUCAACAUCAUCAUCAAAUACUAAUAGUAUUCUUCCAAGUGCUGCACCAUCUCAUUCAUCACAGGUCCAUCACAAUCAAGAAAUAAGAAACAAAACAACUACAAUAUGUACAUCAAGUGAAAUUUCAGUUGAUGCACGUCGUUAUGCAGAAACAAGAUACCCGUUUCCCCCAUUCAUUAUAAAAUUUAACGAAGAGGUUGAUGAAUCAAUAACAAUUAAAUAUAUAAUGAAUCAUUAUGGCUCCACCUAUAAUGUUAAUUUAAGAUUGGCUGGACAUCGAUUAAAGAAAAAAAAAGAAUUAUUGAUCUUUGUCGAUGAUCGUGAUUCAUUUGCCGUACUGUAUGAUGAUACAAAAUGGCCAACAACAAUAAAUUCCUUGGUAUAUGAUAAAAUUGCACCAACUCAUCUUCCUCCUCAAUUUUCCAUAUUAAUUCGAAAUGUACCAUUAGAAAAAAAUGUCAAUGAAUUAAUCGAUGAUAUUAAACAAGAUUAUCCCUCAGUUGUCAAUGCUCUACGUAUUUUCAACAGAAAUAAAUCACCUACAACAUUAGUUCGUUUGGACAUUAAAUGUAUCAACACUAUUAAUGAAUUAUUGAUUAAAAAAUAUAUGUAUGUCAAUAAUGUACGUUUAACAGUUGUUGAAUACUUGGCUCCGGCCAAAGUAUUAAUAUGUACUAAAUGUUUUAAACUUGGACACUUCCGUCGAACAUGCAACAACAAACUCGACACAUGUAGAGUGUGUGGAUCGGAAGUUGCUGAUAUAAAUCAACACAAACUCGAAUGCACCACCAAACGAUGCUGUGUAAGAUGUAGUGGUGAUCAUGAAUCAAAUGAUAAUAGGUGUCCGGAGGUCAAAUCUUAUCGAGCGAUUCUCACCAAAUCAUUAUUAACAAGACCUGAUCCACGUCUUGCUCAACAACAGAACAAAUUAAAUAAUUAUUGGUUUAACGAUCGUGAUUUUCCGGUGCUCAACGGCUACCAAAACCAAGGUCAAGACAAUUAUCAAGAUAAUUAUCGACAAAUUAAUUUUCAUCCCAAUAAUGUUAAUCAGAAUGAUUAUGAUAAACAAAUAGAUGAAAUGAAGAACAAGAUGAACGAAUUGCAAGUAAGCUUUGACAAAAUCCUUGAAUUAAAUAAUAGUUUCUUAGAUCAACAUACUCGUAUCCAGCAAGUUGUAUCUAAACAUGAACAUGAGCUGAAUUUACAACAAUAUGAUGUUAUAUUUCUCAAGGAAUUUGUUAGCCAAUUUAUUACACCACUAUGCCAAACUAUGGUCGAUGUUAUUCCAGCAUUAGUGAAAAAGAAGAUCAUCAACGACAAAUCCUUAACACACUCCUCACUUACAGCGAUGAGUGAAAAACUCACCAAUGAACUACCGAUAUGGACUAACCGUUUUACCCAAAAUGAAAGUAUCAAGGCUCAACUUACCAAGGAUUUCAACAACCUGUAUCAAAACACAUCAACAGACCCCUCCAACUGCCACAACGCCAAUGACUCCGCAAUAACUAAUCUUCAAUAA